CACGGCUAUUAAGGUCGUGAUACUCGUCAAGUUCUUUAGUUUCGCGCUCCUCGCAGUACUUGGUUGCAUUACCCGCCGAACAAAGCGUUAGAACCUUCUCGCCGUUUUGAGGACCGUGACCAAACGACAGAAACAUGAGACUACUGCUGAAUUUUUCGUUAUUAUUAUUGUAUACGAUGGGCGUGCCGAUGGAUCACGAUAGAUUUCUGGAUAACGAUUAUGGAGGAAUAACUCAGAAGGAUCUCCAAAAAAUGCAUUUCACCUUUAGUUGCGAAGGCAGGCUACCCGGUUUUUACGCGGACGUUAAGCAUAACUGCGAGAUUUUCCACGUUUGCGCCGAGAACGGUGACAGUACCCCGGUAUUGUGUCCCUUCCAAACCUUGUUCGAUCAGCGACAGAGCAUGUGCACGGAUGAGGAGGUCCCUUGCGUGCAAUCGGAACAAUGGUAUUACUUGGACGAUAAGAAUUACUACACUUAUUUCAUGGAGUCUAAGAACAAAGCCGAGACGGUACUUGAAGAAAUCGAAGUGGACACCGUUCGACCGCUCGAGAGUAAUUAAACCUCGAGUACUUUGUUUUACGUAUUCUGGACGUCCCGCCAAGGAAGAUUGCGUGUACCUUCCCCUGGAUCUUGAGUCUACGUUCGCUUUUGUGCUCUUGUUGGCGGCCAGGUACAUCUUUUUACCGCAUGCAACUGGCGUAGAGCUCGCGAAAAGGAAAAAAGUGAAGGAAAGAGAGGAGAUGCACGAAGGAGACCUUCGACGUCGGUAGUCCGGAAUAAUCUUGGAUCUAUUCUCGACCGUUCGAACCUGACCAUUCAAGGUUCUUGAAAGUUGUAGCGCCGGUAUUUUCGAUAUGGAAUACGGCAGGCAUUUGGGGGAAUGCGUCUCGUCGGUUUUAAUGCAAUCUACAUAAAGCUCUGCGACCUUCUUAUUCGACGUAAUGUCUGCGUUUUUUUCCGAUUAAUUAUGACGAAAGAAUCCACGUUUAAUUCUUUAGACUGAAAAAGAGAAGGGAGAGAGAGAGAGAGGGAUAGAAUUAAAUUUAAAUUCUCUAAACUUGCUUUUCUUAAGAAAUUACUUAAUCGCUUAAUUGUAUAUCGCGUCAUUGUUGCCGAUUGAUUUAGUUUGCCGCGUAUUGUAUGAUCGCUAUUAAUAUCAGUGAUGCACACAGCGCCGUGAGAGAGGGAGGUAGAGAGAAAGAGAAAUUGCGCAAUGCAAUACGUGUCAAUUAAUGAUUGUAUCACGACGGGACAGUAGCGAAUACAUGCAACAUAAGUACACACCAUUUAUUUUCAAUCAGACAUUAAUCAGACAUCGUCAGAGAGCGUGACAGCGUAACUUAAGAUCUAUAUGUUGAUAAUUCGAUAUUUAUUCUGCGGUACGAUCGUACGAUGCACGACCGUACGACAUCGUUUAAUGCCGUGCUGUUAUAUGACCUCUAAGAAGGUUGCGAAGUGUCGCCCGCCACCGUAAAAAAAAGAGAGACAGGAAGAGAAAAGAAAAGAGAAGAUCCAUAACAAUAAUGAAAUAAAUAUCUCUUACGAAA